CCUACUCUUUCUUUACUGUAUUGCAUGUAGGCACCCACACUUCUAUCUCUGACCACUACAUCCUAUGUGUAUCAGAAUUCAUAUUAUCCAACACCGAAAGAGGUCAGUUUGUUUUCUACAGUGCGGUUUGUAACUUACUCGCAUGUUACGUUAGUGAACAUGAAUUCAAACUCCCACGUUUUAUUGUUAUUCACAUUAGCGUUAACAUCUGUUCGAAAUUCUUCGUUGAAAGAGUAUGAAGAAGGCGAAGACUGCUUAAUUUCGUACGAACGCGGUGUUGCUGCCUACUUGGAGAAUAACUUCGAAGAAUGCGUUACCCAGUUAGAAGAUGGACUGAAAAAAUACUCAAAUUAUACCAAAGCACUCCAAAGUUGCCGUAUUAAAUGUAAGGAAGAUGCCGAAUUUGCGGAUCGAUUAUAUCCUGUUGACUUGGAGGAUAUGUACUUUUACGAAAAGGCCGUUCGAAACACUUUGUGCCUGAUGAAGUGCCAAAAAAGGAACCCAGUUUUGGGGAAGAGUGUGACUGUGACGCCUGAAACUGAUCAAAUCUAUCAAGACGCAAAACCGUAUGAAUAUUUACACCUAUGCUAUUACCAAAAAAAAGAAUUGCAAAAAGCGGUCUCAUCGGCAUUUACAUAUUUAGUAACCCACCCAAAAGAUGAUCUCAUAAGGAAAUCAUUACAAUUCUACUCCACGUUACCCGAGGUGGAUAUGUCAACUGUGGUUAACUACGAGGCCAAAGAACAUGUGUACCUUUAUGCCCAUGGAAUGGACGCGUAUGAUAAAAAGGAUUGGAAAUCGGUGGAGAAUAACAUGGAAGAGUCGCUUGUUGCCUACUUGCAAGCUGAAGAGAACUGUAGAGCGUUAUGCGAAGGUCCGUUCAAUCAAGGGUGGUUUCCCGAUCUAGUGCCGUCGAUUGCUAAUCACUACACUUUCUCAUUGAAGUGCAAAAGGAAGUGCCCAAUAAAGCUGAACAAUUUAAAUGGACAAUAUCAUGAAGAUCUUCUACCUAGCCAUUACCAUUACUUGCAAUACGCGUACUUCAAAGACGGCAAUCUUAAAUCCGCCUGUCAGGCAGCUGCCAGUUAUGUGUUGUUCUAUCCCAAUGAUGAUACAAUGCGAAGUAACAUGGAAUAUUACAAGAAGUUACCAAAAGUGGAUAAUAGUUUCUUUACUCCUAGGCCUGAAGCUGUCCAGUAUGUUCGCCGUUUUACUUACGAGAACAGGUUGCUGAAGUUUAUUGACAAAGAGUACAAAUUUCAAGAUAAUGAAGAAAGUCCAGCUGAGGUAUUUAUUAAUUUAAAGAAGUUACUUCUACAGCAGCCGACCACAGCAAUAUAAGUUGAUUAAUUGUGAUGUAGAUUUAGGAAGUCAUUGUAACUGCUAAUUUUUGUAAAGUCCAAACUCAUUAAAUAAUCUUACAACUUG